GCAGUGAAAUUUCAGCCCCAAUUUUUAGAGAGGUCCGCUGCUCUCUUUUUGCUUAACGGCUUUGCAAAUGGCCAGUCCCGGUGCAGACAUUGGGCAGCAUCACCACCCCGAAGCGGCUCCCGAACCAGCGUUUCAAGAGGCGCAGAAAUGGAUUGAGGCGGUCACAGGCAGGCGGUUUGGUGACAAGGACUUCCGGAGUGGCCUGGAGAACGGCAUCCUACUCUGCGAGUUGCUAAGCUCCAUCAAGCCUGGUCUGGUGAAGAAGAUCAACAGGCUGCCCACUCCCAUAGCAGGGCUGGACAACCUGACCCUCUUCCUGAGGGGCUGUGAGGAGCUGGGACUGAAGGGAUCACAGCUGUUUGACCCCGGAGACCUGCAGGACACUUCCAUACGCGCCAACCUCAAGGGCUCAGACUGCAGCAGGAAGCUGAAGAAUGUUCUGAUCACCAUAUACUGGCUGGGGAAGGCUGCCAACAGCUGUGCGUCAUACAGCGGGCCCACGCUGGACCUGAAGGAGUUCGAGGGCCUGCUCACGCAGAUGCGAAAGGAGGCUGAGGACUCGGAGAGUCCGAAGCGGAGCGUUCGGGAUAGCGGCUACGUCGACUGCUGGGACUCGGAGCGCAGCGACUCCCUCUCGCCCCCGCGCCACGGCCGGGACGACUCCUUCGACAGCCUGGACUCGUUCGGCUCCCGCUCGCAGCAGACCCCCUCCCCCGACGUGGUCAUCCGCGGCAGCAGCGAUGGCCGCGGCAGCGACUCGGAGUCCGACGCUCCCCACAGGAAGCUGCCGGACGUGCGGAGGGACGACAUGCUGGCCCGCCGCACCUCCUGCAGCGAGCCGCGCAGCGUGAUGCCCUUCAACCAGUACCUGCCCAAUAAGAGCAACCAGAGCGCCUACAUCCCCACCCCCCUGCGCAAGAAGAGGGCGGAGCCGGAGGAGUGCCGCAAGAGCUGGAGCACGGCCACCUCCCCCAUCGGAGGAGACAGACCCUUCAGAUUCAGCCACAGAGCUAGUGUGUCCGAUGACCCUGAAAGCGUGAGCAUGAUUGACAUGCGGUGCGAGGAGGAGGUCUUCCUGCAGCCCCACAGCCAGGUGCGCCACGAGCUCAUGCACAACCAGUACAACCGGCUUCGGGAGGAGGAGGACCACUGGCAGGACGACCUGGCCCGCUGGAAGAGCCGCAGGCGCAGUAUCUCUCAGGACCUCAUAAAGAAGGAGGAGGAGAGGAAGAUGAUGGAGAGGCUGAUGAGCGACGAUGGGAGCCAGUCCCAGAGGAGGAAGAGCAUCAAGACCUACAGGGAGAUCGUGGAGGAGAAGGAGCGGCGCGAGCGGGAGCUGCACGAGGCGUACCGAAGCGCCCAGACGCCGGAGGAGGCGGCGGCCGUGCUGCAGCGCUACGCCCAGCGCUUCACCAUCAGCGAGGCCGUGCUGGAGCGCCUGCACCUGCCCAAGCUGCUGGAGCGGAGCGUGUCCGUGGACCCCAGCGCCCCGCCCUCCCCGACCCGCGACCCCAACCCCAUGAGAUACCUGCGGCAGCAGUCGCUCCCGGCGCCCAAGUUCACCGCCACCAUAGAGGCCAUGGUGGGGCUCCCGCGGAGCCCGAGCCGGGCCCAGAACCCGGACCAGAGCCGGGCUCGCUCCCCGGAGCACUCCCCCACCCGUGCUCUCCCCAAGGCCGUCCCUCUGCUGACCCCGAAACCUUACACCCAGCCCAGGACCACGCUCGAGGGUCCCAAGCCAGCCCAGGUGGACGGGAUGACUCCAGUGAACGGAGACGCCGGGGAGGCGUUCGGCCCGGCGGACGAUGGCGGCGAGAGGGGCGGGGAGGGCGAGCCCUCCCUGAUGGUGUUCCUCCCCUCGCCCGCCGUGGCGGCGACCCCCGAGAGUGCGGCUGCGGUCCCCACCUCUCCAACCCGCGCUCCCGCGGAGCCGGUGCCCGUGAUCCCGGAGCAGGAGGAGAGCGACGCCCCCAAGAGUGCGGGCGUGCUCCUUGAUGCGGAGCCCCCCGUCCCUCCUGAUGAGCCUGCCGAGACACACGGGCUGGACGACCUGGAGGAGACCGGGCAGGAAGAGGCCACGCCUACCCGACCCACAUCCCUGCCCACGGAACUGCAGGAGGAGGGUGGGGUUUAUGAGAAGGCGGAGCCUGAGGCUGCUGAAGCCGAGGCCAGGGUUAGCCCCAUAGAUGGUCCGGCGAGGCCUGUGGGAGGAGAGACCGCUGCCGAAAGCUCUCCCUUGAAAGAAGCCCGAGAUCAGCCUGUGGAGGAGCAGGCCGCCCCCUGUGAGAGCUCUGUGGUGACGGAAGGAAACUGCGUUGCCACCGCCCCAGUCCUGACAGAGGUGGCCAUGACACUCGGCCACCAGCACACAGACACCAGCGCCACGGAGACCAGCAUCCCCUCUCUGGAGUCACCCCAAAGUGUUGGAGAUGAAUCGCCCCAGACCCACACGGUAACGAUCAGGAUGGAACCACCCGCGCCAGAGGGUGUGGAGGUAGACAGUGCUAAGCCUCAGCUCCCAGCCCCUGUGCUGAGUAUGGCUAAGCGGGUUGAUCACUGGUCUUGGGACCCGAACGAGGAGCGCAGGCGUCAGGAGAGGUGGCAGCAGGAGCAGGAUCGCAUGCUUCAGGAGAAGUACCAGCGGGAGCAGGAGAAGCUGAAGCAGGAGUGGGAGAGAGCGCAGAAGGAGGUGGAGGAAGAGGAGAGGAAGUACCACGAGGAGGAGAGGAAGAUAUUGGAGGAGACGGUGGCCCCGCUGACCCCCCAUGUGUCGGCCCUGCCCUCUCCCGGCCGCAGGGACGCGGCCCCUCCCACGGGCCCCCGGGACCCCAUGGCCCGCUCAUUGGCCGAAUGGGAGCGCAAACAAGAGUGGCUGGAGAGGCAGGCGAGGGGGAAGGACGAGGACGCGGAGAGGGAGGAAAGACAAAGGGACGACGGCGGCUGGAGCGACGCCGUCAGGGAACGGACAGCGGCGGCGAGGGAGUACCACGAGGUGACGGAAAGCUCCCGCGCCCAAUGCUUCAGACAGACAGAAGCAAUCGCACAGGCUCAACAGAAUGGCCAAAGAUCGCCCCAGCUGCAGUUCCUAAUGGCCCCAUCUUUGAACAGUAAGGAGAGCCAACAGCAGCAGGAGGUGUGGAGGAAGACCGCCUCGCUGGACCGCAACUGGAGCACCCAGCAAACCCCGCCGGGCGGAGUGAAGAGGUCUGGAUCCUAUGAGAAUGUAGACUCAAACCCAUCCAGGUCAUCCUCAUGUUCAUCCGAUGGGCAGUCCCAGUCCACAAACAGGUCAGUGAGUGGGAAGAAGCUCUGCUCCAGCUGUGGCCAUCCGCUGGGCAAAGGGGCCGCCAUGAUCAUCGAAACACUCAGCCUCUACUUCCACAUCCAGUGCUUCAAGUGUGGGAUCUGUAAGGGACAGUUAGGUGACACCAGCACCGGUACAGAUGUGAGGAUUCGCAGUGGCCUCCUCAACUGUCACCAGUGCUACCUCAGAUCACGCUCUGCUGGUCAGCCAACUACAUUGUGAAGAACCUCGGUCUUUGGACAGUGCAAGAAUUUAUGAACAAUGCGCUUCUUUACACCCAUUUGUCCGGACAAUCACACUGGGCCCAGGACCGAAGAUUGGCCAGAAGAUUCCAUGACUGGGGGGACGGUUUGGGAGUCCGAAAAUGUCUCAUAAUCACACGCAGAGAAUCACGGCGGCCAAAUAGUUUGGACCACAACAAGCAGAGGGAAAUAUCUCUCCUAAUAAUUGCCGUUUUUAGCACAAGUGAUUUGACCUUCCAUUUCCAGCGUCUGAAUCCUAACAGUUUCUUGUUCUGCCAAACUUGUAAGAUACCGUUCCUGAAUUAUUCCGAUAUUUUAUUGUGCACUAUGUAUGUCAACAUUUAAUGCAAUGUAGGAACUUGCAAAUGCAAUAAUAAUCACAUUACCAUUAGAAAAGUCAUUCCGAAAAUGAACUGAUUGUCCGUAUUUAAAAUACGU